AUGGCUGUGGCGAGGAACGAGAAUAUGAAGGACGAGGCUGCGAGCGACCGACUCGCCGAUUUUUGGCGCUCGCCGGUCCGCUCGCCGAACUAUUACAGCCGGCGAGUGCCAAUUUCGGCGAGAAUUUCGGCGAGCGCCAAAUCAACCGAGGAAAAGAGAUUACAUGGCAUAUCUAGCCUGUCUCAAGAUUUAAACGGGAUGUUUAUUACUGCCUCAUGCAUGGAUCACAGGGUUUACCUGUAUAAUGUGCUUCAGCUUGAGAAGGGGCCAAUAAAAACUUUUUCUGGAGGCCGAACUGAGUCGUUCUUUGUGAAAUCAGCGAUCAGCCCUGAUGCAGCUCACAUACUCAGUGGUUCUAGCGAUGGGAAUGCCUACAUAUGGCAGGUGGACAAACCCCAGAUGGAUCCUAUUGUUUUGAAAAGCCAUGAUGGAGAAGUCACAGCAGUAAACUGGUGUCCAUCAGAGAUGGGGAAAGUGGCAACUUGCUCAGACGAUUUCACAGUUCGUCUUUGGAACAUCCAAAGCAGUUGCUAUUCAAAUAUGCGAUCUCCUUCGUCACUGAGAAAGAGAGUCCGGGCGCUUCCAAGAAUGGAGAGGCGAAAACUGUUCUCAGAAGAGCCAUCAAACUCAAAAAGCAACGAAGACACCAACUCCCGUACUCCCAUAACGAUGCCAGAAAUGAGGACACCAGAAUCCCAGAAGAAGUUGUCCUUUAGUUUUGAAGUAAAAGAGGAUUUAGUGAGAACUCCAGAAGCUGAAACCAGAAGCCCUUCUUCAGUUCUAAACCCUCCUUCCUCGCUGAAAAGGAAGACCAUCCGAGACUAUUUUCCUGUUCCAUUUAACAAACUCUCUACUGCUAAGUCGAGCUUUCCAGAGUGCACCGAUCAAUAACGACUAUAGGGGAUGUAAAAUUGUUUAAUAUACAUGUAUAUGUUAAGAAGGGAUCACAUUGAACUUGUACUAUUAGAGAGGGUAAAAACAAUAUAAACCCUCUUCUGAAUUCUGUAACAAAUGAAAUUGAACUCUGAUUGAACAUUUUUGGAUUUUGAAAUCUUUGUAAGGUGCUAGUGAAUGGUUGCUUCCCCCCAGUUUAUUAGAGGGUGUUGGAAGGAAAUCACAAUAUUG